AUGGUUGACGAAAAACGAACGUCUCCAACCAAUACUCCGUCUGAACCUACGAAUUCUUCCUCCAAUCAAUUUGUUUUGAAUCCGAGUAAAUCAACCGUCCCUCAACUGUACUAUCCUGCGGGCUCCAGCCAGACAUCUAGUAAUGCAGCGAAUGCGUCUGCAAGUACUCCAGGACCUGCUGGGACAUCAUCGACGUCGAGUAGCCAUCCAUAUUACGACGCCACCGCCCCCGGUGUCUGGAAAAAUACCUGGGCAAUGGCAUAUCCUUAUGCGGCACAAUCGACGGGGUCGAUGAACAAUCCUUACUCGCAGCAGUUCGCGUUCACCCAGUUCCAGCCCUCCAGUUAUCAGAAUCAUUAUAAAGUACCAACCAGCAAAAGCCAAACUCCGACUAUACUGCACACAGAAGCAAAAUUUGCAAAGACAAAGCCUCCUAGUCCCUCUCCACCCCCACCAGACCCUUGUCGCGAUUGGGACGUGUUACUGAGAACAUUCAUGAAAAGGCUUGGACUCACACAGGCAUUGAAAGGUUUCGAGUUGGACAUGCUUGUUAUGAAUCAAGAAUGGGAGGAAAGUAACAUCGCUGCGUGUUUAGAGGAGCUCGUAAAGGGUAUCCAGAACCUUCAGAAUAAGUCCCUCAAGGAAGAAGACGACAAGGACAAGAUCAUCCAUGAGCGGCCCUUGGAAGAGCGAAAAUUCGAUUAUGUUCACCUUGCAAAUGGUGUAGAACCUCGUACUCCCACGUCAAUCAACAAAUUAAUAUCCGAGUUUCUCUCGCGCAAACGAUCCCAUAAUGAGACCUCGAACCGCAAUGAAUUCUUACUUUCCAUUGCCCAAAAACGGGCAAAUCUCAGCGAAAUUCUUGCGACUGACACUAAUGACAUCGCCUCUUGCGCUCGCACAGACGCCAGACCAGUGGACAGAGAUUCACAGAUGAAGUACGACAUAGCGAAGAACGAAGAUGGUCCCCUUAGGCGUACGAUGAAGAAGCGGAAUACGGGCGGGAAUAACCUUUCGCAAUCUUCUCUCUCGUCCACCAAGGGAAAGGGAAAGGCUCAAAGCAAAGAAGCUAACACAUCAAAUGCAUCAAGUCUACCCCAAUCCGUGGCCAUUUUGCCGGAACGCCAUCCUGGCCUAGAUGAACGUCUCUCGAACAUCGAAACCCAUUUAUCUGUCCGAUAUGUUCCUUCUCCUCCGCUGAGCCUUUUGGAUCGACUCAAAUUUCUGGAAGAUCACAUCAUCCAGCUAGAGAAGGAGUACCCCCCGUGGGCUGCUCUUCACUUUAACCAGCCCAAUCGAAGCUGGCCUCCACCUCUUUCAACUACGCCGAUCAUCGUUCCACCUCAUCUUACCCGCGAUAUAGCAAAGAAACCUGGGGAAGAAAAGUCUGCCAAUUUAGCACCGUCUGGUUCUGCUGCUCCUCAGCCGAAAGGAAGGAAAGAUUCAAGUUUACACCGCGCUGUUUUGGAGCGACUGGAAGUCAAGAACGCGAAGAAUGUUUUAGCAGGUCGUGGCUGA